AUGGAAUUAUCGUCAUCUGUUAUUACAACCAUCAACAUACCAUCAACAGUUACAAAAUCGUCAAAAUCCAUAUUCCCAAUAUCAUCUUCAUCUCCUUCUCUAUAUCAUCGCCCACGUCUACCUAUAGAUGUACUCCAUGAAAUCAUCGAGAAUUUAGCAAACGAUAAAAAUUCUCUUUAUGCCACUCUUCUCGUAAGUCGUGAUUGGUGUCGUACAACCGUACCUAUUUUAUGGAGAAAUCCUUUCGAACUAUUGCCUACAACCUGGGAUCAAGAUCAAGAUCAAGAUAAAAUACGUUCAUUACUUCGAGUUUACUUUGCAUAUGUGACCGGCGACGAUAUGGCUGCGGUAAAAACUUGGAAUGUCCGGAUACCUAAACUCCGUUCCUCGCCAACAUUUGACUACAUUGCAUUUCUUCAGAAUAUGAACGACCGUCAUGUGAUUACUGCGGUUAAUAUAUUAUUCCCUUACUUGAAUGAAGGAUUUGCUUACCCGAUCGGCCAUAACCGAGUCUGUUAUGCGCUCAUAAAAGAAAUGAUUCGUCGUGCUUCAAAUCUAGCAGAAGUGACUAUUUCGGCACAGCAUUGGGCGAUACUACCAAACGAGCAUAUCGAAGGAUUUUUUGCUAUGCUGGGUGGACAGCACCCAAAAAUUCGUAAAUUGAGAUUUCGACUUCGAAAUUUCGGUUCAUAUUUGUAUCCCGAUGACCAAUUGAAAUACGCUGUUUGUGCGUCAAAUUUAGUUCAUCAAUUGAAAUAUCUCGAAGAAGUGGAAUUCGCAAAUAUAGAUGUAGGAUUAACCGAAAUAUUGGAAACACUUAAAACUCGACCGAAAUCAUUAAUUAAGAUUAAAUUUCGAUAUUGUUGUUUUUACGAUGGUCGACAUGCAAUUCUUAGAGAUUGGGAAUCUUUGGAAGGAUUAGAGGAAUUUCUGUCAGUCGGUUGUCAUCAUUUAGCUUCGAGUGAUCUAGGUUUUCUAGAAGAAAAGAUGAUUGUGAAGGAUAAGAUGGGUUUACGUGUUCAAUUAAUGGGGAAAGACAAAAAUAAUGAAAAUCAAAUAGAAUCUAAAAAAUCUAAAGAAUCUAAAGAUUCUAUUAGGUAUUCGAUCUUCAAAAAAACAAAAACGGCAUCUUUGUAA